CGUAGUUAUCAGUAUCAUUCUCAGUCUUCAACUGCACAUGUACGGGAAUGUAUAAUUCGCGAACCCUAGUCCGAUGUCAAUGGCUAUAUGCCUUUGCUUUUGUACUACUUCUUACAAGAACAUACGCUGGACGACACUCGUUCCGACAGCUUUGCAUCACCGAGGAUCAACAGCGUGGACGCUGUGUACCGGUUAAGCAGUGUGGCAGUGUACUGACAAUGCUUCGCAAAGAAACCCUUACAAACGAAGACAUCCAAUAUCUGUACGGUACUGAGUGUGGUCGAACACCGGAUGGAAAGGCACUUGUGUGUUGUACUCAAAGUUCGAUACUUGCUGUCGGUGCUGGAGAACUAGAGGAUGGACCUAAUACAAACGUCCGUGUGAAUGCCGAAGAGAAACAGCCAACAGGAAAUACUUCAGGAUCAUCUCCAGUAAUGUGUGGUUUGCAAUCGGAAAUGCAGCUUGGUAACCAAACUAUCGGCUACCAUCCUUGGACUGUACUGAUCCACUACGGGAAUCAAGUACACGACAGCAAAUUCAACUGCAGCGGUACACUUAUCGCUGCACAGUACGUGCUAACCGCGGCUAGCUGUGUGGAUGAUGAGGAAGCUUGGACAAACCUGACAGUGCGACUUGGCGAGUGGGACCUAGAAUCUACAGUGGAUUGCAUGUUGUCUCCAGACAUUGAUGAACUCGUGUGCGCCGAACCCUCGUACGAUGUAUCGGUGAUGCAGGUUAUACUCCACGAAGCAUACAGCGGUCGGCGGAAUGAUAUGGCUUUGCUGAAACUUUCCCAACCCGUCGAGUUUAGCGAUUGGAUCUUCCCCAUCUGUCUACCAGAGUCGUCCGUGAUUAAUGAAACUGCGACGUACAGUGUUGCCGGCUGGAACCAGAACACGUGCGAGACUUCAGGGAGUCGAUACAAACUGCUCACCAACUAUAGCCCGCUGAAUCAAACUGCCUGUCAUGUGCCGUCGGUUGCAGGAACAUCGUACAACUUCGUGUGUGUUGAUUCGGGCGAGCAAACGAUUGGUGACGCUGGCGGUGGUUUAACAGGGUUGAAAACGAUCAAAGGCGAUCCACGACGACCAGUGUACGAGCUUAUUGGUGUACUUAGUUCGCUGUCGAAUUGUGCGAAUUUUGACGGUGUUUCGGUUUACACCCGAGUCGGACAGUACGUCGAAUGGAUCGUGAGCAAGCUGUAACCAGGGUCAGUUAUGGAGCUGUGUCGUGCAUGUUAUGCAAUGCGAUAAACCACCAACAAUGACAAUAUAGCUAGCUUUUGAAAGAUACAGAGUAGUAUAAUUUGCUGCUGUCACUCACUAUUUGUACGAUGUGUGUACUAAAAAAUAUAAUUCCCUCGAGACCUCAA